AUGGCAUGUGCUGAUCUUCAAGGCCGGCCGAGGUGCGGCUUCAAUACCGUCUCUGUGAGAGGCAGCGCAGAUACACCUCAGAGUCCUGUGGAAUGGACCAAAGAAAGUCCAGUCUUCUGCACCUACUGUAUCAACUCUAAGGUACCUGCCGCGAAGACCUGCGGGACGUGCGAGGCUUCGCUUUGCCAGCAGCACCUAGCGAGACACAGCGGAUCCCACACCCAUGACUUAUUCGAACCCACGGCUUCCCUAGACACCAGAAAAUGCUCCAUACACAUGAGGCCUCUGACCCACUACUGCUCCAAGGACUCCACCAUUCUCUGCCAUAGCUGCUUGGUGGUCGGAGAACACAGGGGGCACGAGGUGGAGUCUCUCCAGGAAGCUUCUGAGAAAAAGAAGGAAAAACUGGGAAAUGCUCUGCAUAAACGUCGUUUGAGGAAAGAGAGAACUCAAAACAGAAUUAAAAGUUUGCAGGAGAAGAUUAUCGACACCAACAAAAAAGGAUACACUAUAACCAGUCGCAUAUCGUCCUUUUUUACCGACCUCAGGGGACAACUCGAAGCUCAGGAGAGACAGAUGGUCCAGGAGGUCUUAAGUCAGCGGCAGAUGGUUAUAGACUCCAUUCACGAGCAGAUCCAAAACCUGGAAAAAAAAUCGAAGGACCUUUCCGAACAGAUAUUGUACACGGAGGAGCUGUGCCAAAUGACCGAUCCAUUGGCAGUCAUGCAACAGCAGAAGUUUGGGACCUCUAACACGUCCCUGGUUGAGGAGGCCCUAAGAAGAAUGAGUGAUCAACCAAGUACCAAAGAACUGGACGAUGUGUUCAUCUCCAUGACUCUGCACAAUAAUCUGAUUAAAAUUCUAAAUAAAGCAAGGCAAAAGUUUCGCAUCCCGGAGGCCUCUAAUAUGGUGCUCAACGCGGACACGGCUGGGGAUUUCGUCUACAUUUUGGGAGACGGGAAAACUGCCUGCAAGUCAAAGCUGAACCAGCUUCGUCCCGAGAUCCCAGAAAAGUUUUACUGCCCUCAGGCACUCAGUAGCCAGAGGUUUUCUGCCGGCCAACACGCCUGGGAGGUCGAGGCUGGCGGCAGCGGGGACUGGAUGGUAGGGGUGGCCUAUCCCAGCAUAGAAAGGAAAGGACACCUCUCCUACCUCGGGAUCAAUAACAAAUCCUGGUGCUUAGGAAAAUGGAACAAUAAAUAUUCCGUCAAGCAUAAUGUCGGAGAAACACUUGUAGAUGCUGAACCGACCUGUGACAGAUUUGUUAUAUAUCUGGACUACGAUGCCGGGCAGUUGUCCUUCUAUCAGCUUAGCAAUCCCAUCAAUCAUUUGCACACCUUUACAGCAAUUUUCACGGAGCCCCUCCAUGCCGCCUUCACUGUAGAAGAUGAUGCCUGGGUGAGAAUCCGGAGCUAG